AUGAUCAGUUGAUCGGGGACAGUCGUAGAGUGCGAUCAUGAUGGCAGCGAAUAACCGUAUCCUCACGUUUUUAUUUUUUGUGCUGUUUAUUGGAUUGGUGCACUCUAGAAGACCAUUGCAAGGCAUCAGGGAAGCGCUGGCAAUCCUGAAAAAACAUCCACCUCCGGACUACAGCUGGUGGAAAACCGCGUCAUUCUAUCAAAUCUAUCCACGAUCCUUCAAGGACAGCAAUGACGACGGGAUCGGUGAUCUUCGAGGAAUUAUACAACAGUUACCGUAUCUACAGAAGCUAGGCAUCCGUGGCUUUUGGAUGUCGCCAAUUUUCAAAUCUCCUAUGGCUGACUUCGGAUAUGACAUCUCCGAUUACUACGACAUUCAACCGGAAUACGGUACGCUAGCGGAUUUCGAUUCUUUGGUUGCCGAGUCCAAAAAACUAGGACUGAAAGUGAUUUUAGAUUUUGUGCCCAAUCACUCAAGCGAUGAACAUGAAUGGUUCAAAAAAUCAGAAAAUCGUGACAAUGGAUUCGAGGAUUUCUAUGUGUGGCAUCCGGGAAAACUGAACCCGGCUGAUCCGGCGAAGCCGCUACCACCGACCAAUUGGGUCAGUCUGUUCCGAGGUAGUGCCUGGCAGUGGAGUGACAAAAGAAAGGAGUUCUAUCUGCAUCAGUUUUCAGUGAAGCAGCCGGAUUUGAACUAUCGAAACCCAAAAGUAGUGGAACAAAUGAAAGACGUGAUGCGGUUCUGGUUAAAGCGCGGUGUUGACGGCUAUCGAAUCGACGCUGUUCCGACGCUGUUUGAGAUCGAUAAAGAUGCCGAGGGAAACUAUCUUGACGAACCGCUAAGCGGCAAUACGAAUGAUCCAGAUGACCCAGGCUACACAGUUCAUGUUUACACACAGGAUCGUAACGAAACACUUGAUAUGGUUUAUCAGUGGCGUGCAGUUCUAGAUGACUUUCAAAAGGUGAAUGGUGGGGAUGCCAGAAUCAUGAUGACUGAGUCAUACUCCGGCAUCGACAUUGUGAUGAAAUAUUACGGCAAUUCUACGGUGCCUGGAUCGCACAUUCCGUUCAACUUCAGAUUUAUUACUAAUUUGUGGAAGGAUUCAUCGGCGUACGAUAUCGAGAACACUAUCAGGUACUGGAUGAGCAAAAUGCCGAAUGAUGGAGCAGUAGCCAACUGGGUGAUGGGCAAUCAUGAUCAACAUCGUGUAGCAAGCCGAUUCGGGGAAAACAAAAUCGAUAGUAUGAACAUGAUUCUUUUGUCACUACCAGGAAUCAGUAUUUCGUACAAUGGCGAAGAAAUCGGGAUGACGGACGUCUGGAUUUCAUACAACGACACAGUCGAUCCGGCCGCUUGCAAUGCUGGUCCAGACAGAUACCAGUACACCACCAGAGACCCGGAGAGGACCCCAUUCCAGUGGGACACCAGCAAAGAUGCAGGGUUUUCAAAAGCCAAUAAAACCUGGCUACCAGUGUCCCCUGUAUAUAAAGAGGUAAACGUCGAGCUGCAGCAGGCGGCGAAAAAUAGUCACCUGAAGGUGUACAAGCGGUUGAUGGAUAUGAGAACGAGCCUAACCUGGCAAAAAGGGCAACUGGAAACCGUAGUCAGCGGUGAUGUAUUAGUGAUUCUUCGCGAGCUCGCCGGUUUCGAAACAUUGGUAACGUUGGUGAAUAAUGGAAAAGCACGGCGAAUGUUGGACAUUUCUAAAAUGGCUACCAUUCCGUUGGCUUCAGUCGGUUUGUAUCGAGUGGUUUCCGUCAACUCGGUACACCAGGAGGGAGAGCCUGUUACCAUUAAAGAAGUCGUUUUGGAUCCAUACGAAUCAGUCGUAAUUGGCGUCAAAAGUAAUAACUUCUAUUACGAAGUUUUGAAUUAUAUAAACUAAAUAUUAUCAUGCGUAAAACAAAAUCAAAACGAAAAAAAUCGACUGAAAAAAAUUCAUGUUCACUUCUAAAGUACAAAUAUUAUUGAAGUGUAAAGAUCUUAAAAUAUAACAUGAGGAUUUUCGCCUGCAUUAAAA